AUGGCCCAUCAUGGACUUGGGCUCUUCAUCCUCAUCAUUAUUUUGCUCCUUGAUCAAAGCCAGCCUGCCAAACUUAAAGCCAGAAAACACAGCAAACGUAGAGUGAAAGAAAAGACUGGCGACCUAAGAACGCAGGUGGAGAAGCUCUGGAGAGAAGUAAAUGCCUUGAAGGAAAUGCAAGCCCUGCAGACAGUCUGCCUCCGAGGCGUGAAAGUACACAAAAAAUGUUACUUGGCAUCUGAUGUCUCUAAGACCUUCCAUGAGGCAAAUGAGGACUGCAUUUCCAAAGGUGGGAUCCUGGUCAUUCCCAGGAACAGUGAUGAAACCAAUGCCCUUCGAGACUAUGGAAAAAAGAGUCUGCCAGGCAUUAAUGACUUUUGGCUGGGGAUUAAUGACAUGGUCAAUGAAGGGAAAUUUGUUGAUGUCAAUGGUGCUGCCAUUACCUUCUUCAACUGGGAUCAUGCACAGCCCAAUGGUGGGAAGAGGGAUAACUGUGCCCUGUUCUCCCAAGCAGCCCAAGGAAAGUGGAGUGAUGAGUCCUGCCGGAGCAGCAAGAGAUACAUAUGUGAAUUUGUCAUUCCCUAG